AGAGCUCGUAGACAACUCGCUGAACGCUCAAGCUGUUCACAUUAACCACUCAGUUGUACUUCGACUAUCUUUCUAUUCGUAUCGUUUGAGGCCAGUAGCAGGUACUAGUUGAACGUAUGUAGUUAGACUAGGUACAUAGGUGAAGAAGUGAUUUUGUUAGAUACUAUUGCACAGUGUCGAGUAGUGUAUUGAGGGUACAAUAGGUCGCAGGUGAAAAUGUGCUCAAGUAAUAGGAAAGAUGCUCGAGAGAAACGAACCAGAAAGUCGAACCAGAUCAUGAAGGAUAUAGCCUACAGUUUGCUGUGCAACUUUUUCGCUAUUGUCCACUUGCUGGUCGAUUAUUUAAUCGAUGUGGUCCUUAAAUGGUACUGGGGACCGAGAGGCAAUCGUUGCCCCUCUCUUCAGAGGAAGAGCAUCAUCGUGACUUACAGCGCCCAGGAGUUGGCCAAGAUGAUUCGCACCAAGGAGGUAACUUGUUACGAGGUGAUCAGUGCCUAUAUUGAUCGAUUGAAUGAGGUUAAUCCGGUUAUCAAUGCGGUUAUUGAUGGACCCUUUGUGGAGGCACUAGAGGAAGCGAAAGCAAUCGAUGACCGCAUCCAGCGGGGUCUGAUUUCUAACGAUGAGUUUGCAGAGAAACCUUUCCUGGGUGUUCCGUUCACCACCAAGGACAGCACGGCAGUCAAGGAUAAGCUGCACACGCUCGGCAUCACGGCCCGUAGGACCGUUCGAGCAAAAGAAGAUGCCGAGUGCAUCCGGUUGAUGAAGGAAGCAGGUGCAAUCAUUAUCGCAACAACCAGUAUUCCUGAAAUCAAUAGAUGGCAGGAGACCCGCAACAACAUCAUCGGACAAACUAACAACCCGUACGACAGUCGGCGUACGGUCGGAGGAUCAAGUGGUGGAGAGGGCGCCCUGAUAGCAUCUUGUGGCAGCGCAUUUGGACUAGGAACUGAUAUCGGUGGUUCGAUUCGUAUGCCUGCGUACUACUGUGGAAUUUACGGUCACAAACCUACUUCGGGCAUUGUGAACAUGCGGGGAUGCUCUCUGAGAACCGGUCGAGAAACCUCAACUAUGGUCGUUGCUGGGCCAAUGACGCGUUACGCCACUGAUCUACGACCCAUCAUGAAGACACUAGUUGGACCCAAAACAUCGGCGGCAUUGAAAUUCGACGAAAAGACUGACAUCAAGAAGUUGCGUUAUUUUUACAUCAAUAGUUCGGGAGACCUCAAGUGUAGUUCGGUGCAUUCUCAGCUUCAGCGAGCAAUGGAUCGGGUAGUGAACCAUUUCCAAACUCUUUCUCCGGACGGGGUGCAGAAAAUAACCCUCAAAGGAACCGAAAAGACCAGCAAAAUGUGGCGCUAUUGGAUGACACAGGAACCUGCAAGCUUCAAUAAUUUGCUGGGAAAUGGCAAACAACUUUCCCCAUUGGUAGAACUAGCUAAGAAGCUUACCGGUAACAGUGAGUACACGAUGGCUUCCGUGUACUGUCUGAUUGAUAGUAUUCUACCACCGGAGGACGCGGACAAAGUCAAAGAAAUCACUCGACAGUGCGAUCAGGAGCUGACAGAGCUGCUGGGCGAUGAUGGGGUAUUGUUUUAUCACAGCACUACCCAUUGUGCCCCGUAUCAUUACUCGGCGUUCGUUAACGUGUACAACUUUAGCUACUGGUGCCUGUGGAAUGUGCUACACGUCCCGGCUACCCAGGUCCCACUGGGUCUCAACUCGGACGGGUUACCUUUGGGAAUACAGGUUAUUGCUGGCCGCAAUCGUGAUCGUCACUGUUUGGCCGUUGCAGAGGAGAUCGAACGAAAGUUCAAUGGACACAUUCCGCCGUUUAUUAUAGAUUAAUUUUUUGUUAUUUAUAUAUUUUAUACUUUAUAAUACACAUACUGGGUUGAAGGUACUCCAAGAGAAGAUUUAGGUAAAAGUGAAAGAAUUUAUUGAAAUUUUGAAAUAAAUUAUUGAAAAGCUUUAACAAAA